AUGGCGAAGGCGACCAUGCAGCUUGCGCUGCUGGCCGUGGUGCUGGUUGGCCUCGUGCUGGCGGGCCAGGACGCCGACGGGGCACGGAUCACGCCGAGUGCCGGAGUUAUCAGCUACUCCGGUCUCCCCCGCGGGAACCGCGUCAACUUCUCCGACGAGGCCGCCGCCAGACCUCCUGGAGAGGCCAACCGUUACACGCGUGGCUGCAGCAAGAUCGCCGGUUGCCGCGGCUGA